AAAUUGCACUUCAGGUGAUGUGGGAAAGUCAGUCAGUUACUAGAUUUUUAUGACGUAACACUAUUCUCUCGUUAUGAUGCGGCUGCUACUCUGGAUGCGAGGCUGACGCAAUAACUUUCUCUUCGAGGAAAGUGGACGAACAACAGCGGCAAGAUGAAGAUCGACCUCUGCAAUUACAGUGGGUACAAAAUGUACCCUGGCCAUGGUAAAAGGUUCAUACGAUCAGAUGGCAAGCUUUUCAAUUUCCUGAAUAAGAAAUGUGAAAGGUCCUUCCUCAUGAAACGUAAUCCAAGAAAAGUUACUUGGACAGUCCUCUAUCGUAAAAAGCACAAGAAAGGACAGCAAGAGGAGGUUGCUAAAAAAAGAACAAGAAGGAAUGUAAAAUUCCAAAGGUCAAUUCAAGGUGCUUCUUUGGAUGCAAUUUUAGCUAAAAGGAACAUGAAACCUGAAGUGAGGGCUGCACAGAGGGAUCAAGCAAUAAAGGUUGCUAAGGAAAAAGCGAAGGCAAAGAAGGUUGAAAAAUCAAAACAGUCUUCUAAAGCCCCAAAGCAGAAAAGCAAGGCAACCAAAGUUGUAAAAGCCUCAGCACCUCGUGUUGGUGGAAAGCGAUAAGUUAUGGAAUUGAAUGAUAUUGUAUAUGGCCAA